UUUUUUUUUUUUUUUUUGCACUUCCUUUUCCUACCCCGCCGCGUCUGGGCUGGCGUCAGUGGGGGAAAAUAGUAGUAGGAAAGGCAAACAAACGUCUGGUAACGUUUCCAGUGGUCAGAGUUUAUCCCCAAAAUGUGAUAUAAAUCAAAAUAGAAUGUUUUUAUUUUUUAUUUUAUUUUUUGGAGGAAAGGCUUCAGAGAGGAAGUAGAAGAGAGAAAAAAGAAUAAUAAAUAGGUAGAGGAUUCCCUAAUCAAUGUUGUAGUAGUCAAGGGAACGGGGCACUUAAUUCUAAAAUGCGACGACGGGGGAAGGAAGCGAAUUAAUGAAGGAAUCAGAGGACAGAAAUGAAUGGUGGGGAAAACAGUGACGGAUGCUGAGGUUGAGUAUCUUCUUUUAAAAGAGAUCAGAUGAGACGAUCGAUGCCAGAGAUCCCCAAGAAGGUCCCUUUUCGCGACCUACCUCAUCGACGGUUGAUCAUAAUUCAAUUGAGAAACCAAACCGGAAAUUCCUGUUCGAUUGCUUUCUUUCCCCCAUUUUUUAUUGUUCGCUUUUCUCGUCAUUAUGAAGAGACUGUUCAACGAUGACGUCGCGAAUGGAGAUGGACUAUCUGGGGCAGGCGGUUAUGUCAUCCGAUGACUCAGCCUCUAACAACCAACUAUGGUCUCUUGUGUUGUGUUCUCUCUCUUUUCCUCUCAUUGUCUUGUGGUUCGCUUUCAUGAACGUAACAUCAUAAAUGCCAAUAGAUGGGUUAAACUUGGUCCCAUACGGUACCAUACCCGUCCGUCACCUUCCUCAUCCAUAUUGAACAGGUACCGUACCAGUAAACUGAUAUCAUACGCACACCCCGGUUUUCUUCCUCCCAGAUCCUCUUUCGUCAUAGUAUUGGGGUUUCGACUCGAACUCUGUAAAGAUGGCGACAGAAGAAAUGAGAACGAAAAACAUGAAAAAGAAAAUAGUUAAAAAAGGUUAAUAUGAAUAGCGCUCUGGCAUGUAGCAUAUAGCCGUACGAUGCUUCCUCUACUCCGUAUGAUCAUCUCAAUUAUACAUACAUACACACAGCACAGAGGAUACUAUAUGGAAAGCCUGCGGGUGUGCCUUACGCCAGGCGAUCCAUACACCCUAAAUGAGUAGACAGGAUCUGUUUCAUACCUUUCCAACCUUGUCUGGGAUCCAAAUCUCCUGCUGUAAAGGGAACCAAAAGUCCUCCCGCGACCGGUUCCUUGACUGAGCAACAACUUUUUUGGACUUAAAUGGGGGGUUUAAUAUGCUCUCGGCAAC